AUGCGUUUCUAUUUUCUUGUCGCUACUAUCUUUUCGGGGCUUCUAUUCAGCCAAGCUGCCCCCGUUGAUGUCGUCGAUGGCAGUGGAGAAGCUCCAGACACUUUGCUGCAAAACACGGAAGAACAACCACAUCAACGACUGAGAUUCCACAAUUGGGAUUACAAGGAUCUUGGAACAACUGCAUUCGAGGACAUUGCGUUCCCUGCUCGUCAACCACCAGCUGCGGUCAAUCAAACGGAGCAAUGUCCAGAUGGAUGGGUUCGUUUUGCCGACUCGUGUUACUGGAUCGAGACUGAAUUGCUGGGAUUCGCUAAAGCUGAAAGAAAGUGUUUCGAGAAGCAGUCGACUUUGUUUGUGGCCAAUUCGCUCGAAGAGUGGGAUACAGUUCGUUCUCAUUCCAAAGAAGCUUACUUCUCUUGGCUUGGACUCAUUCGAUUCACUCACUAUGAAAAGACUGAGCAGUUGCCAAGAUGGCAGACCGAGGGAGCUCUCAAUCCAGCAAAAAUGAACUGGUUGAUCAAACCAUACAAACCACUCUCCAACGGUUGGACCCAGUUCGCCAAUUGUGCCGCCAGCUACAAGUCGCCAGCCAGUUUGGAGUCUGCAUCGUACACAUUCUUCUAUCCGUGCACCUACCUGCUCUACUCCAUUUGCGAACGAAACUCUACAAUCGUGAAUGCGUUGCAGUGA